CCCUUGCUACCCUGUCUCUCCACUUCACUACUCCCCUUCUUGCAUUUAGCACUUCCUCUUGCUCCAUACAAUUGCACUUCAUCUCUCUCUCAAAGCUCGACCAAGUACAUCGCUAAGCAAGAACAAUUCCUCCGGUGAGAAUAAGAAUGAUGAAUGAGUUGGACAAGAUCAGCCAUUUACCGGAGCACAUAAUGGACCAAAUCUUGUCGCGCUUGCCAAUCAAGGACGCAGUGGGAACUAGUAUUUUGUCAAGAAAGUGGAGGUACAAAUGGUCCUCUGUUCCACAACUUGUGUUUGAUGAGCAAUGUACUAGGGCCAGGGGAGUUCCUUCUCUUCAACAAUCUCUGAAUGAAAACUUGGUGAAGAUAAUUGACGAGGUCCUCUUGCUUCAUACUGGCCCAAUAGAGAAGUUCAUGCUCUCUCACACGGGAUUUUGUGCCACGAGUAACAUUGACCACUGGAUUCUUCAUCUAUCCAGAGUCUCCAUUAAAGCAAUUGUACUCCACAUAUGGAAAGGGUUCGAUUACAAGAUUCCCACCUCCUUAUUCAAAUGCCAAGACUUGAUUCAUUUGGAACUGCACAGAUGUUUUGUGAAAAUCCCAUCGACGUUUGAAGGAUUCAAGAAUUUGGAAAGUUUGGAUCUUCAGCACGUUGACAUGUCUUCGAAUGGGCUGGAGGCUCUGAUUUCUUGCUGCCCCUUACUAAAACGUUUGAACUUGUGUAACUUGGAGGGGAUUAAGCAAAUUAACGUUGAAGCUGGCAACCUCGAGUGGCUUCUGCUUCGAGGAGGUUUACGGGAUGUUGCUUUCGGUAUUAUGAACCGUUUGAAGUCAAUCACGGUAGGUUUCUAUGAUGAAAUUGCUAACAAAUGCAUACCUGGCAAUGCCAACUCAAGCAAUUUGCACAAAUUCUUCCGAAAUCUGCCCAAAAUUCAGAGUCUCAAGCUUGAAAAUUACUCAUUGAAGUAUUUGGCUAUUGGAAAUGUUCCACAGCCACCACCUAAUGAGCUCGUUCAUUUGAAUUACCUCUUCACAUGCAUAGACUUCAAUAGUCCCGAGAAGAUUUUGACCGUCAUGUGCCUGAUCAGAAGCUCUCCUCAAUUGAAAUGUGUAGACUUUCAGUCUCGUGCUGAGAAUCAACAAACUACAUGGAUCGGGACAAUGGCCAACUUUUGGGAAGACCAUCAGGCGUGUUGCCUAGAACAAGUACAAGUUGUAUCGAUGGGCGGAAUUUAUGGUAGUAAGCCAGAGCAGGAAAUGAUGAAAUUUCUACUUGCUAGUUCGCCGAAACUACAAACGAUGAUGAUCAGGCCUAAUUCCACGAGUGGAGAAGGCAAGUUGUUCAGGGAGUUGCUGCGUUUCCGGCGAGCCUCGGCGCAAGCGGAAGUGAUCUUUCUCGACCCCGUUGAUCCAGAAGCCAACCCAACUUUGAUGUGGGAGGAUUGGGUUUCAUCGAUCAACCAGGCUCCACUCAUGUCUCAUCGAUCAACCAAGCUCCACUCAUUUCUACGCAUCCAAUAA